CUCCCUUACCUCUCUGUCUAUCUCUUUCUCUCUCUCGUCGAAUUCACGAAUUCUUGAGGUGACCGCAGAUUUCCUAGUAGCAAUUUUGUGACGACACUCAAACGAAGGAAGAAAACAAUUCUAUAAAAAGCGUUUAGGAUGCAGCCUACGAGCUCAAUGAAGGAAGAAUUCUUAAAGAAAUGGCAAACGGGUCUUCAGAUAUUCCGUCCUUCAAUAGACAACACCAACGUCACCGAGAGAAAGAAAGCGAUAAAGCUCUCUGCAGACGUUGCAAUGGCGUCUCUAAGAAAAGGAACAACUUGUUGGAGUCGAGCCCUAAUCCAGAAAACCGCCGCUGAAGACAAUUUCCUCGUCCGUCAAAUGCUCUCUGGCAUCAAAGCGGAAACGUUAAUCAACAAGAAGUUGCCUAAAAAGACUGUGUGUCAUAGAAAGAUCGUGAGGCGGAGCAAGAAGAUCUUGUUGAGGAGGUCGAGAUCAGCGAGCGAAGAGGCCGCAGCAAAAGCUAAGAAGCUUGUUAAGAGACGGACUCAAGGAUUAAGAAGCGUCGUCCCCGGUGGAGAGUUUAUGAGCAAUGACGUCUUGUUGAUACAAGAAACCUUAGAUUACAUUGUCUCGCUUCAGACGCAAGUGAAUGUUAUGAGGAGUAUUGUUGAUGCUGCCGAGGCCGGAAUUGAACGGUAAAUGAUUUUUUUUUUUUUUUUGGCGGAGAUUAUUUGUGAAAGCAUGAUCUCGAUCGUAUAUUCGUAUGGGAUCAUUUGUUGGUCGAUAAGACCGUCUAUUAUUCGGACAUUGCAAUUGUAUUAUGAGGAUGGAGAGAAUUUUAUAGUAACUCGUAUUGUACAUAAGGAAAUUUAUAUACGCUUGUAGAAAGUCUCUACUUACUUAAUGGUGAUUUUGAUUGAA